AUGUUGAAGGCACUUGGUCUCGAUUGCAGCAAAGUCUUACACCUUGGCCGUAAUCUGGGUGCAAAGUAUCUGGAGAUGGGAAUGACGGAUGCAGAAUUGAUUAGGCAAAUGGGGCAAUGGGCAGCUGGUGUUUUUGACACGUCUUACAGCACUAAGCUACCCAUGGAAGCAAUUAGAGCAUUGGCCGGAUUCUUUGGUGGAAAAGACAGCGCCUAUUUCCUGUCAAGAAGUACUGUACAGCCAAAGAAAGAGCUCCUUGUGCAAACGCCUAUUGGCCGAUGGGUAUCUGCGGCUUAUGAAGCUGUUUGCGCUGCUGACAAGAAGAAUGAGCAUCCUCCUGUACGUCUCUUCCUGAAGUUUCUCAUGGACUUAAAUGAAGUCUUCCUACAAGAUGCAGCGGCUAUGCUAAUCCUUCAUCCAGAACGGAAAGACCAUCCUAUCUUUACUGAUCUGGACUGCUUUCUUGGAGCGGAAUUUAAGGCUUUCCAAGAGGAGAUGCGAGUGGCCCUUGAAACGGCACAAGAUCCUGCCGAUGCUGACUUGCAGCGUGUGCUACCGGGAGUGCACCAGUGGCACUCAGCAAACAAUGCAGAAGUUAGACAAGUGAGCAGGAAGCUCGACUCGUUUGCUGAGGUUUUGACGGAGGGAAUCAACAAGCUUAUUGCCUUUACCCAGACCAAUGAGCGGCGACAACAGCACCGUGACGAGCGACUUGCACAGUUUUUGGAGAGGGGAGCUGAGGCUUUAAGGAACCGGGAAGAAGAAGAUUUUACAGAGCUCCUACAAGGUGCCGCUACAGCCGGUCUCACUGACACGACAAUUAACAAACCACCUUCCCCUUCGCAGUUGGAGGACGAUUUAGAGGCAAGUGGAUUUGUUGCUCCCAUUGGUGAUCCUAUGGUGGUGGAUAAUGGGACUUACGAGUACGAAGACAACGGGCAGAUGGAAGCAGAAGCAGCAGCUGGCGCAUUGCUUCAAGUUGGUGCAACGAGAGUGGCAACCGAACAAUACACAGCAAAAGAGCUUCAACUUGGUGCCCUAAUCGGUCUCACCAAGCCAAAUAAGUCUUUUUUCAUGCGACCGAAGCAUCAGACAUUGUCAGCAAUGCUGGAUGAAUGGAUCGGCAGAGCUGAUUUUCAAGAUGAGUUAGGCGGUGUGGAAGGACGAGAGCAGCAGUGGAAAAACAAAUGGCGGUUGCACUGGUCAGCUGCUCAAUCGGCACACUACUCAAGGACGAAAGCUAUCAUCACUGGCAUUCGGGCCUACGGCAAGCUCCACUCCAUGUCUGAGGAUGAUGCAUGCGCUGCUCUACAAGACACCUACAAGAAGCAAUGCAAGUGCUAUGUCUCUAAAAUGAAAGACUACAUGCAGGAGAACAAUCUAACAGAGAAGAAAGCAAGGCGUGGACGUUUGAAAACAAUGGAGAAACAGUAG